AUGGACCAGGACAUGCAAUAUGACUUUAAGAAAUGUCAGAGACGUGGCCUUGUUUAUAUCAUCGUUAAUGAAAGGUUUUCUGCCGAAGGCUAUCCUAAUAGAUGUGGUGCUUACACGGACUACAAAAACAUGAAGAAACUGUUCAAACCACUCAACUUAAAACUCAUGACAUACUAUGACAAAACAGCCGAGGAGAUCACUUCUAUCUUACGGAAUGCGUCCAUGAGACCUGACCUUGCUGAACGACCUUGCUUUAUUUGUGUAAUUAGUUCCCAUGGUGAACAGUGGCCAGAACACGAUUUGAAAUCAAACAAGAGAACAAUAGAACAUGCCAUUGUAGGUGUUGAUGGCAAGCGAGUUCUCACCAAAAACCUGGUGGAUUAUUUUUCCGAGGACAAGUGUCACUACAUGACAGAAAAACCAAAACUUUUCUUUAUUCAGGCAUGUAGAGAGUCAUUGUACAGUAAAGACCGUAGUCAGGCUGUGGACUCCGGUGUGACGGUCCAGUACAUUGUGUCGGCAAAAGUGUCUAAACAUCGACGAAUGAGACAGAAAUUGUCAACAAACAGUAAAUUGGAUGGUGCUGACAGUAAACAAAACCAGACAGAUGUUCCACUUGAUGAACUAGAGGAUAUAUUAGGUACAGACUUCACGGAGAGCGACGAGGAUCAGUUCUCGGACGGUUACGACACGGCAACCACAGAUGGAGAAUCAGAGGAUGAUGAAGACCGAGAGACAGGACAUGCUGAUAUCAGAAACAGGGACUGGUCUAAACAGGACAAAGGUGUCCCUGAAGGUGAUGUCAAACCGGAGAUUAAAGUCUUACACAUAGAGGCUGUCACACCUGUGACCACAGACCAGGCAGAUGCUAGAGGUCAACGUAGACCCAAGGUGAAUACUGAUGUACAAGUGGCGGAGGUCAUGGAAGUUACUGCUAUCCCAUGUCAUACAGACAUGUUGGUGAUGUUUGCGUCCCCACCAGGAAAACUGGCAUGGAGAAGUACAACAGAAGGUGGAUGGUUGUUAGCAAACCUAUACAAUGUGUUUAAACAGUAUAUACGCAGUGGAGAAAUCUGUAAACGUGAUUUCCUUACUAUUCUUAUCGAGGUGUCGCAGAACGUGUCCAAGAAAGAGACCAACACAGAUGACCCUAAACUCAAUGGUAUGAAAAUGGUUCCGACUAUUUACCACCGACUCACAAAGGAAGUGGUUAUAGGCACAGUGAAGGAAACUGGGCUUCUGAGGAAACUGGCUGAGAAAUUUAAUGUCCAAUUUAUUCUCUAAAAUCAUAAUUUAUGACACACUUGUUAAAAAAACUAAUUAAUAAAUCCCACACUGACUCUCUAACAAAAGAGGUAAUCAAACACUUACUGUAACUUGAAGAUGUGUAAUAUUUCUUUGAAGAUUUUCAGUCUGUUUUCCCCCCUGUGAUAUUAAUUAGAGAAAUUUCCUUGUGCCUAAAGAACAAUACAUGUUUCUGCUAAAC